UCUGUGCUUGGGCACCGCCAGUUCUAUGUUGCAACUUCUAACCCCUCUCUCCACAAAUAUUUGUGCAUGUUGUCUCACACAAGCAAACGUCUCAACUUCUGCUUCAGAUCCUAUUACCUUAAGCAAUCUCUCUCCAUGCUUUCCUCUGUUUCAUUUCGAUCUCCAGACGCCUCAGACGACGCUGUUCAUCGUGUCUCCACUUUGAUAAACCAACCCAACUGGGAACAAGACCACCACCUAAAAUCACUGGUUUCUCACAUGACCCCUCAUGUAGCUUCCAAUGUAAUGGCACUCAACAGUACCAACAUCAAACUCGGGGUUCAGUUUUUCAAAUGGGUAUGUAAGCAAUCCACAUAUUGUUAUGAUUUGGAUAGUAGAAUUCAUCUAUUGAAUUUAUUAAUAUCGAAUAAUUUGUUUGUGAUUGCACAUAAGGCCAUAAUUGUUCUAAUUAAAGAGUGCACUGAUAGCGAAAAUGAGAUUUUGAAGCUAAUGGGUGCUCUUGACGACAUGCGAGUGAUUGGAUUUAGGCUCAAUUACCCUUGUUACAGUACUCUUUUGAUCUGUUUAGCUAAGUUGAGUAUGGGUUUGCCAGCAUUUUUGGUUUCCAGAAGAAUGGUAGGUGAUGGGUUUGUUCUUGAUAUCAUUGACUACAAGAACAUAAUUAAUGCUCUGUGCAAGGAUGCGUUUGUACAAGCUGCUGAAAUGUUCUUGUCGAGAGUUUUGAGACUUGGGUUCGGUUUGGAUGCUCAUAUCUAUACUUCUUUGGUGUUGGGUAGUUCAAGGGCAGGUGAUCUCCCGGAGGCCUUCCGAGUGUUUGAUAUAAUGUGUAAAAGGGAUGUUUGCAGCCCCAAUAGUGUUACUUACUCAAUUCUGAUACACUGUUUAUGUGAAGCGGGCAAGCUUGAAGAAGCAUUUCGAUUAAUGGAAGAAAUGAAGGAAAAGGGUUGCCAGCCAAGUACCCGUACAUACACUGUCCUCAUCAAAGCUGUUUGUGAUGCAGGAUUGAUGGAUAAGGCUAUAGGUUUGUUCGAUGAGAUGGCCAUGAAGGGGUGUAAACCAAAUGUUCACACUUACACAGUGUUGAUAGAUAGAUUAUGUGGAGAAGGGAAGAUUGAGGAAGCUAAUGGGAUGUUCAGGAAGAUGUUAAAAGAUGGGCUUUUUGCUGGCACAGUAACGUAUAAUGCGCUGAUCAAUGGUUACUGCAAACAGGGGAGGGUGAUUUCUGCCUUUGAGCUACUUAGUGUGAUGGAAAGAAGAAAUUCCAAGCCUAAUAUACGGACCUACAAUGAAUUAAUGGAAGGGUUGUGUAGUUUAAAUAGAACUUGCAAAGCGAUUUUGCUAUUGAGAAAGGUAGUCAAUAAUGGCAUAUGGCCUAACAGAGUAUCCUAUAACAUUUUGAUUGAUGGGUUCUGCAAGGAAGGCCAACUCAAUAUGGCUUUCAAUAUAUUAAAUUCAAUGUAUUCAGUUGGCCUUCAACCCGAUCAUUUUACCUAUACCACAUUGAUUGACGGGCUCUGCAAACAAGGGUCACUUGAGCAAGCAAAUGGGCUAUUGGGUUUGAUGGUGAAGAAGGGAAUACCUGCUGAUGAAGUUACAUUUACUGCUCUUAUUAAUGGCUAUUGCAAGAUUGGUAAGACUGCAGAUGCUUUUAGGCUUUUUGACAGGAUGAUUGAAGAUAGGUGUUUGACAACUCCUCAUGCAUUCAACUUGUUACUUGAUGUUUUUAGCAAAGAAAUUAAGGUGAAUGAAGAACAUGCAAUUCUUGGGAAGAUGGUGAAGUACGGUUUAGUUCCUUCUGUUGUGACUUACACAAUCUUAAUUGAUGGAUCUUUCCGAGUAGGUGAUACUAGUCAUUCCUUGAAUAUGUUAGACCUCAUGAAGCAAGCUGGCUGCAUCCCAAAUGUUUACACAUACAAUGUUGUGAUCAAUGGUCUCUGCCAAAUUGGAAGAGUGGAGGAAGCAGAGGCUCUUCUUUUCAAGAUGCCCCUUUUAGGAGUAUCUCCAAACCACAUUACUUAUACUAUAUUGGUAAAAGCACAUGUCAAGGCAGGUAGGUUGGAUCGUGCCUUUGAAAUUGUGAGUGUUAUGGUUAAAAAUGGUCGUCGACCAAAUACUCGUAUCUAUUCUGCAUUGCUUGCCGGAUUUGUUAUGUCAAAUAAGGCUACAGGAAAAGAAUCUGUAAAUCCUAUGGAUGAUUUAGGUGGUAGAUCAUUACUGACGGGGGAAAUUGAUGAUAAUUGCAUUUCUGAUCAUGUUUUUGGGGAAGUGAAUAUUGGCCUUGCUCUGAAAUUCCGAGAUAAGAUUGAGGAAUGUGGCUGUCCCAUUGUGGACUUGUACAAUUUGUUAGUUAUGGGUUUGUGCAAAGUGGGAAGAAUAUUAGAAGCAAAUGACCUUAUCCAAGAUAUGGUAAGACAAGGUCUCUUUCCCGACAAGGCUGUUUGUUCUUUUAUCAUUGAGCACUACUACAGGGAGCGCAAGUAUGAUUAUUGCCUUGAGCUCAUGAAACUAAGUCUCAGCAAAGGUUUUGUUCCAUCUUUUGCAUCUUAUCAUUCUCUGAUUGUUGGUCUUCGCAACGAAGGGAAGUUUCCAGAAGCUCAAAGUUUGGUAUCUGACCUCUUAAGUUAUGCUGGUAUCGAGGACAAAGUUGCUUUUACACCAUAUAUUGAGUUCUUAACAAAGGAAGAUGAACCUCAUAAAUGCCUUGAGGUACUAAAGCUAGUUGAGCAAACGCAUCACAACGAGAGGCCAAUUGUUUAAGCUCUUCCAUUGGAGUCUGCAGAUGUUACUGCUUCAUUACUAAUUGAUAGUGAAUGGAUUCGACUCCCCUUUGUGUCAUCCCCAAGUUGGCAUCCUGAAGCCCUCCCGGGAUGUUAUGUCAUUUCUUACUAUGGGUUUCUUGCUGCAUCUGCUUUCUAUUAUCCUCCAAGGAGCCGAUUGAAUUGACUUGUUUGCACUAAAAAUGCCUGGAUUCCUUAUCCUGAAAAUGUUUGACACGAAUUGGGGUUGUCUUGCAACCUGCACACAUGCUUCUUUUCUUGCUUUUUUACAUUUGUUCAUCAUUGCUUGACUUGGGCAAUGGAGGGGGGACUACAUUGGGAAUGUGAGAAAGCUUAUUAUAUUAUCUUUUUGUAGAGUUUGAAAACCCGAUACCGUUGUAAAAAUAGUAGAAUUGAUGUUGUGUUUGCUUUA